UAACUUAAGUGGCAGUUUGUGUUAGUCCAUGUUGUAGCCUUAUUAUUGGGCCUAUUAAGUUAAUAGGCCUAUCUCUGUUAAUUCCAUUUCCCUUUGUUAACUGGAAUAAAUAGAGUAACUUAAUAUUUAUAGGCCUAUUCAAUCAAAAUGUACAAGCGGAGGACAAAAUCUGGGAGUUUGGGGAUUGUUAGGAUGGUUUCUAAGACCCAACAAAAUGUACCAGACUCAGAGGAGGCUAAAAAUAAUGUUUCAUCUUCGCAUUCAAACAAAGAAACUUCUAAAGCAAUCAUUACGAAUGACGAUCCAUCGUUGUCCAUGGAUAAAGAUAGUAAUAGAAAGCGCCAGGUAAAAACCCCUGAACCUGAAGACUCUGAUGAAGUUUUAUCAGAUUCAGAACCGUCUCCCAAGAAGACUCGUAGAUUUUUUAAUAGUACCUCUACUGUUUUGAGGGAUCAUACACUUUCCAAUAAGCUGAACCAAUCAAAAGUUGAAAGUUCUGCUUCAAAAACACCUAGUCCUACGCAUAAGCGCAAAUGUUCUGAAAAGCAAUUAAGAUCAAUUGAUCCUGCUGACACCAUUAGUAAAACAACCAAAGUUAACAAAAAACUCACUCAAGUGCCACUAAAUUCGAGUAACAAUUAUAAUAGAACAGCAAAGGAAACAAAAAACCCCACAUCAUCAAUCUUUAUUGCAAAUGAUGAACAUAAAACCAAGGCUCACGAAAAAUUGAAAGAAGACUUGAGAAAGGAUCGAAAACUAUCAUAUUUAGAAGAGGUAUUUGAACAAGCAGGAUUAAUACUAUCUGAUGGCUCUUCUGCCAACGUAUUAAGAACAGAUCAAGCAGUUUUUGUCAGAGACAUUAAGAAUGCUAUCUGUAGCAAUGAGGAGGAAUCAAAAAGAAACGUGAAACAAAUUAUGAAAGAUUUAGAAGAAUAUUGUUCUGAUGACAAAUGUUUGAAAUAUGCCAUUUCCUCUACAGAGACAGCCGAGGAUUGCGAUGUCUCUCGUGGAGCAACACAGGACAGUGUCAUGCGGCUCCUAUUGCACAUUGAUUGCUUACAAGCUCCAGUCACUGAGCUACUGCUUAUGGAUAAACUUGCCAAAUUCAUAAUGGAUGAACCCAGUGGUGACCUAGCCGUAAUCACUUGGGUUAGAAUGAUCCUUCAGUGCUUUAGAUUCUUGGAAAGGAUGAAUAACGGAAAAGCAGUAAAUGAUCAGCUUCUAGAGAUUGUUCUUGUUUCAACUGACACUUUGAUUCAACAAGAAGUGAUCCUGUCCCUGCCAGACAUCAUACAAGAUACAGAACAUCAUUAUACAGCUUUGGAGUUGAGCAAGCUAGUACGCAAAAGCAACCCACAGGUGAUGACCAGUGCCCUGGAGGCUCUCACCAACCUGUCACUACAGCCAGAGGUCCGCACACAAAUACAACCAACACUGUUGAGGGCAAUCAACAAGAUACCUCACGACUACUUACCCACCAUGCUCAAGUUCCUGUUUGCUGAUGGAGACGCUGCCUCGGUUGACGAGGUGAUCACUUUUCUGCGAAAUGAGUUAGACUUAGAAGAGACCAGUGGUAACUCAGCCAGUGUGCAAGUGCUGGUGUUUAUGACUCUGAGAGACGCUCUGUUGGUGUCUCGCACUCUGCCUACAAUCUGGCUGAAAAACAUCUCUUCCGUCAAGACUCAGGCUGAACAUAAACCAAUUGACAUAGUGAUGCUUUUGGUACUCCUGUCAGUGUCCAGUGAUAAUACUCGUCAUCGCGCCAUUGAAGCUGUGUUCAGAAGCAAGAUCAGAGCUGAAAUGUUUACUGAAACCUUAAUCAAUGAAACUCUCAAAGCCUACAUUCCUGUUAUAAAGGAACAUUUUCAAGUUACAAUUAAACUUGCUGGAGCUUUGUUAAAAUCCCCAGAACCAGCUGUUGUCGAAUUUGCUUCAAAAAUAUACAUAGGCAUGUUUGUCAACAUGGAGGGGUUGUGGUGCAAGUGGGUAUUGUCUGAUCUACAACAAGGCGUUGGUACUGGAGACACAGGCAUGGCUAGAGCUGCUCUGUCUGUCAUACAACAUCUCACCAACAACCAUCACCACAAGGUCAAGCCACUGGGUGUCAUACUGAUGCUGCUGCUGAACAAGUUGAAUGACUUGGCAUUGAGUGAGGUGUGUCAAUUGAUGGACAUCCUGUGUCACAUUGCCUACUCUGAGGAUGAUGAAAGCUCAGAGAACUGUACAAUGCUGCAAGACGAGAUCAACAUCUUGGUCCAGAAACAGCUCGCUAGCUCACAACUCAGUGUGAAACGUAAUGGAAUAAUUGGAUGUGUAAUGACAAUCAAACAUGUCACCACUGUUUCUGAAUGUACAACUGACUCUCUUGCUUCAGAGAAAAAUCAUACAUCAGAUAAAGCUGCAAAGGCGUCACAACUCCUUGAGCUCCUGUUGAGCAGCACUAAGGACUGUGUAGAAGCCCAGGGUCUAGCACUGGACCAACUGUCUCAUCUCCUCAUCUCCGGCAAAGCAUUGGACCCAACAUUUGUGACAAAACUCUCUAGUCUGAUGAGGGACAAACUUCAAGAUGACUUUUUGAUUUCUGCUUCGGAUUUUGUAUCAAAGGGCGAUGUUAUCGAAACCUCCCUUCAGUUUUAUUUGGAUGAUGAUCCAGAGGGGUCUAUAGCUCUUAACUUGGCAGACUUGGUUGUAAACGAACAAAACUCAGAAAGGAUGAGGUCUACUGUGGGAGUGAGUUGUCUACACCCGUUGUUGAGGCUGCUGAGAGGACUGGAGAUGAGUGACCUGAGUGAGAUAGACGCACUGCUGGGUUGUCACAUAUGUCUUCCGGCGCCUCAGGUGUAUACAGAGUUUGGACAGGUCACUGAUUACCAGCAACAUGUCUCACUGCAUUGCCUCUUCCAUUGUGUCAACUGGCUCAUUGAAAUCGUCAACUGCUUCUCCUAUCUGAUCAAGAAAAACGAACCCGAAAAGGUGGUAAUGCGUGUACGACUGAUUGUGUGGUUAAGAGGACUUUUGUCACGCUGUCUGCCUCUGGCCAUGCAGUAUACUCCUCCAGUCUGCUACUUCCAGGCAUUACCCAGACCCAAGGCCAGCAGUAGUCAGGAGAAACCAGCCAAAAAGAAAACCAAAAGGAAAGGGAAGAAGAAAAGCAAAAAGAAUCAGGAGGAUCAACCUUUGACAGGAACGGUGGCGGAGAUGAGUCAUGUGAGUGAGGAAGAGGAAGAAGAAGUGACAGAAGAGCGGUUGGCAGAUCUUACCAAAUACAGGGUAUACUUCAGAGAGCUCGACAUUGAUGUGUGGUUAGUGUUGACUCAGCCGUUGACACUCGCUCCUACGCCAGAGAAGGAUGGACAGUUCACCGCAGAGCUGGGCCCGUCAGAGCUGCUAUAUCUGCUGGACGACUAUGUCUCCAAGUUGUCUCAUUCUCUCACAGCCUCUCACAAGCGCAUCUCCUUCCUCAAAACUGCCAACAGUAACAAUGUGGUUGGAUUUGAAAACUUGGACAAAUUCCCCCCGCUACAUAUCGCAAAGAACACAAUCAAGCUGUUGUCGUUCUUGUGUGGCUUCUUGGAGAAAACCGUCGAGUUUACUCAGAACCUGGUUAAAGUCAAUGAUGGGAUCCUAGACUCAACAGGAAUGUUCAUGGAAGGCUCAGCAGAAAUCAAGACGUGUCAAGCAAGAUUGUUGAGGAUCCUGGCAAUACUGUUCUCCUGGGUUGGCUUACAAAAUCCUGCAAAUAGCAACUACCUAUUAGCUGCACUACAGAAGGUGGCUGGUCGUGUGAGUGGUGAGCAGGCCAAGACCAAGUCCAGACCUCAGCUGGUGAGAGACUGUGUACAGUACCUCACACAGUGUCAUGAGCAUGUCCUAGAUCUGACCUCGGCCUGCACUCUCGUUGACACUAUCAAAGCAUUUAUGCAUCAUGCAGAACAAGACAACAGCAUCCGAAGCCAGAUAGCGAAUCUCUGUGGUGAGUUCCUGGAGAGACGGUGGUAUGACAUGAAAGGAAAUCGUGAGAAAGGAGCGGCACUCAACAGCCAGGUGGGGGAACUGCUGUCCAACUAUCUUACACACUCGGCUGACCAGCUCAAGACUGUCACGGACAUCCUGGGCUGGCUGUCCACCCAACACCAGCAGCUGGCUGAAAAAGAUGGAGCUCUCUCUACGUUUCCUUCAUUCUCUAGGUUGAACCUGCAUGUGUUGAUCACUGGUCUACUGAAGGGACUGGAGAGUGCUGUGAGGCAGAGAUUGGAAGACCAGUCCAGUGACAGAGACCAGCUACAGUUGUGGUCAUCUCUUACACAGGGACUGGAGACUUUGGUAGCUGUUGUCAAGGCUAACGACAGCAAACCUAACCUCAGGGCUUUCAUGAAGGGCUGCACAGCAGUGUUGAAGCUUUUCCUGUCUCAAGGAAUGUCUACAUGCAGAUUCAUGUUCAAACACGAACCUGCCACUGUGUCUCAGGUGCUCAAGAAGCUUCAAGUCACUACAAGAUACUUACAGACAAUAUGCAACUAUGUGAAGGUGAGUAAAGACACUGGACUGACACAGUAUCUGCCUCCCAUCAGAGCUGUGCUGGAGUCCAUCCUUCUACAGGUCAGGAGCAUCAUAGUUAUCAACAAUUGCACCGACGCAUUCUUCAUGGGCAGCAUGAAAAACAGGGACCUCAAAGGCCAAGAGAUACCUUCUCAGAUUGAAGUUGAGGAAGAAGGACUAAAUAGUCUACACAAUGGAUCGGAUUCAGAACAAGAAAAGGAAAAGGAUGACGGAGAAAGCUCUGCUAUUGAAACAGACAUAGAAGGUGAAGAGGACGAUGCCAGUAACUCAAUCAGCAUUUAGUGUCUGUCUGAAGAUGAAGUUGCAUUCUCAAGAACAAGUUUAAGCCAAGAAUUGGGCUAAUUUGUUUACUAAUUUGUUUUUUAUAUUUUGAAAAGUGUUUUGCUACUCUCAUGGUUAUCACAAUAGUAUAUAAGUUUAUCUGUGGAUAUUUUAGUUCUGUUGUACAGUAAGAUAUUGAACAAUGUCACAACUAUGUUUUACAAUACAACCUUUUUAAUUAUUAAUCGUUUGAAUAGAUCCUUAGUCUAAAAGAUAAUAAUAAACCAAAACAUUGUUUAUGAUAUAAACCAAUUGUUCUAUGGGUUUAGUCUCAGUUAGUUGUUUUUUAUUAGAUGUAAUAUUUGAGUUAUUAGAUUCUUCAGGUUUAAAAUUGUGUUACUGACAAAUUCUUUCAUCUGAGAUAAUGUGUUAAAACAAAAUAAAUUGUUUAUCUUAUGGUGACA